ACGUCACGCAAGUGUUGACGCCACUGUUGACAACUUGGUCGGCAUGGUUACGUAUGACUUCGAAUUUCAUUCUAGACAAUCUGGAAUCACAUUCGCGCAAAUACCAUCAACGCACUCACAUCACACGCUUCUCGUCAUGACAGCGAACACGGACAAGAUAGAAAGCAUCUACGAGUGUCAAUGCUCUUCCGCGUUAUCCAGCGACAGAGAGGCCAUAUGGACAAAGGAUAUGGACAAAGGAUUCACCGGGGUUUUUGAUAUACACGAGAUUGACGAAGACAGCGAGACUGAAGGGGAAACUGCUGCUCCGGUGCAACCGGUACCUUCUGGGACGGAUAAAGAGAAGGAUAUUAUCGUUCAGGAUGCGUCGGGCAAUGCGGAAUCGGAGGAUGAGUCCGCGUACACGGAUGAGUCUUUUUGUUCCGACGUGUCCUGCGACGAAUCCGAAAUCGCCAACGUAACGCCAGGAUCGCUGGCCAGCGAUUCCUCUUCCUCUCCACUACGCACGGUCCAUCUUCAACGCCACGGGGGUGUAAAGCCUGCGGACGCGGAAGCACUUACGGCUUUAAACUCUCCAGGACUACAUCGACGGAACGAAGAAAUUGAUUCGGUGAGCGACGAACCGCCUCGUGCUGUCACCACUGGCAGAUCUGUCAAGCCGAGGAGAUGCGGAAGAUGGAACAUGAGCUUUACCGAUGAAGAGAUGCGUAAGAUAGAGCGCGAAAAUCAACUGUUACUCAGGAAGAUUAUGGCACAGCAAAAACCUCAACACAAAGUCUCUGAAGAACGCAUCGUACAGACCAGGAUCAGCAGCUCCGCGAUAAACAGGAGGAAGUUGCAGAAGAAGAUAGAUGACGAUAACAUGUUACUCGUCAGAAGGAUACAACAGGCGAAGUCGUGCAUCUUGACGAACGCGUCGAAAAUGAGUUCUAGAUUAAACUUUUUAUAAACGCUCUUGGAUUACCGAGCAGAAUUUUCUAUCAAUAUAUUGCUAAGAAUAGGACCAAUGUUUUCUUUGACGACUGAUUUGAUAAAUGAGUAUUACCCACGUAGUAAGCAAGCAUAACGAUGCAACUUUUGCCGCGUUGAUGUACCAUAUCACCUUUGUCAGAUAUAUACGUGCAAAUUUUGAAAUGACA